UGGUCUUAAUUAUAGAUACAUGCGUACAGAAGAGUGGUCAGAGAUGAUCACAAAAAGUCAAAUGAAUAGUUCGCACGCACGUCACUGCUUACGAAGAAAAAAAUAAAACAAAUCUCAAAAUGAGGCGGCUUAUUCUUGGGUCAUGUGGCAGUAUCAUAAGUCAAAAGACUAAAUUUGUCGGUUAGUGUUAUUGGAUCCAUCAUUGUCACCCUUUUUAUCUAUAAAUGUAUCCAAUAUUUCAUUCUUGAUAUUCAAAUUGAGAAGUAAAGAUAAAUGGAUAAAAACACCAGAAGCUCAUCGUCUUUCCCUCUGGCCGGUCGUGUAGCUAUAGUGACUGGAGCCACAAGAGGCAUCGGUCGUGCGAUUGCAAUUCACCUCCACAGCCUUGGCGCAAGAGUUACCCUCAAUUAUGUCUCGAGCUCAUCAGAAGCUGAACUCUUGGCUUCAGAACUAAACGCGUCAUCUCAACAAAACUCAGCAAUAGCAGUCAAGGCAGAUGUUUCAGAUCCAGACCAGAUCAAUAACUUGUUUGAUCAAACCGAACAAGAGUUCGGAUCAAAAGUUCAUAUUCUCAUUAAUUGUGCAGGUGUCUUGGACCCAAAGUAUCCAUCUUUAUCCGAGACUACACUUGAAGAUUUCGAGAAAACAUUCAGAACUAACACGAGAGGGGCUUUCGUGUGUUGCAAGGAAGCCGCUAAUAGGGUUGUUAGAGGAGGUGGUGGAAGAAUCAUUAUGAUGUCUACUUCACAGGUCGGAGCACUCUCGCCAGGAUAUGGUGUCUAUACUGCGUCAAAGGCUGCAGUGGAAACAAUGGUAAGAGUGUUGGCAAAGGAACUUAAAGGAAGCCAGAUAACCGCAAACUGUGUUGCUCCAGGGCCGGUUGCGACAGAGAUGUUCUACGCAGGAAAAAGUGAUGAAACGGUGAAGAUGCUUGCAAGCGCGUGUCCAAUGGGGAGGAUUGGUGAGCCAAAGGAUGUUGCGGAGAUUGUAGGAUUUUUGGCAGGUGAUGGUGGGGAAUGGAUCAACGGUCAGGUUAUUAGAACCAAUGGUGGCUUUGUUGUGUGAAAAAGGAAGAUUUAACUAAAAAAUAUUGAUGUGAAAGUCUUUUGGUAUGUUGAACUAUGUUUAAUUCGUUGAUGAGUGGUUAAUGAAGUUCACAUGUCUUUGUUUUA